AUGCUUCUUGGCCAGGCUCCAACCAGCGGCGACAGCAGCGCAGGCUACGGCAAGCCUGAGUCGCGCGCCACCGGAGCACCCCAUGGUGGUGACUGGACGUGUCCAUCUUGCCGCGACCUGGUGUUUGGCAGCCGAGGCCACUGUCGCAAAUGCGGCGUCAACAAGCCUGGAGCCAGCAGCUCUGGCGGGGACUGGACCUGCCAAGCAUGCGGAGACCUGGUGUUUGCCAGCAGAAGUGCCUGCCGCAAGUGCGGAGCGCAGCGUCUUGCGACCGCUGCCAAACCGCCGCCCGUCCACGCCGGAGACUGGCGAUGCCCGAAGUGCAACGACCACCAGUUUGCAAGGAAUGAACGCUGCCGGAGCUGUGGAGAGGCAAGGCCCAGUUCCUCCUGGUUGGGUGCUGCCGUUGGCUUGGCGCCUCCCUGCUACUGGGCCCAUCAGGCCGGUGAUGGGCCGCCGUGGCGGAUCGUACCCGCUGAUGCUGUAGAGAUCGAAGCCCUGAGGCUGGCGAUGCGAUCAGGAGGGACGCUGGGUGGUCGGGACCAGCGAGCUCCCGGCAGGCAUUCAGGAUUUCAACUGCAUGCCGCCUGGCGUCUUCAGCAUCCAGGCCUUUGGGGCAAAUAUGCCAUGGAACGCGAGAACCUGCGCCAGGUUGAUCUGAAGUCAAUUUCCGGCGCGGUGCCACCAGCGCAACUGCGUCGUGAGUAUGUGGAGAUGGCUGAGAAGCUGCCAGCCGAGCUUUUCAGCGACAUCAACGAGGUCUUCCUUUCCCACGGCACAGCACCGGAAAGCAUCCUGCCCAUCUUGAGCGGUGGAAUGAAUGAGCGUUUCAGCGGUGGCCUAUUCGGCAACGGUACCUACCUGGCUGAGGACAUUGGGAAGAACGACCAAUACUGCAGGGCGCACUCUCCGGGGAAUCAUUCAGAGUUGCGGAAGCUGCUUUAUGACGACACCGGCAUCAGCCAUCCAGGUAAUGUCUUCUACAUGUUUGUGUGUCGGACUCUGCUCGGCUACAUCAUCCGCACGAGGGACGGCAAGGCGGAUAUCGACCACAAUGGUCGCAGCAUCUGGUCCUCCCAUCAACGAGAGCUCGCUCUGAUACCCAGCUCAAAUCCUCCAGUACUCCACCACAGCCUUUUGGCAGAGACUGGUGGAGUGAUAGCUCGGUACCGUGAGUUCAUGGUCUUCCACGGCUCACGGAUUUAUCCAGAAUACCUGGUGGCCUACAUGCGCACCUAG